AUGGAGAACGAAGAUCGAGUCAUUGCCGCCGUCGAAGCUGAAGUCAUCGCCGAUCAGACCGAACGCUGCUCGAACCUGCCCAUCACCGCCGACCAGGUUCGUCAUCACACCCGCAUGAAAACGCUUCUCCAAGAACAAGGAUCGCGAAGCCGGAGUAAACUUAAAGCUUUGCCUCAAAUUCAUCCGAAAUUCUCCGAAUAA